AAAGGGACAAAGUCUGCUUCUAAGCUCAGUGUUCAAUGCCUGUUUAUAUCGUGUGGCAGGCGCAAAGAAACUCUAUGCCCAAGGAAGUCCAGGAAAUUUCCUUUACGAAAAGUUCCUGAACCGACCGGGAAUCGAACCCGUUAUCCCUAGCACGUUCAUGCUGGAUACCCGCGCCUUUACAGCUGUGGCUAUAUGGGCCCUUUUUUCACAACUACAUACUACACUCAUCAGUCAACAGUAGUAACGAUUGCAUUGGAAAAAACGAUGACGUAACACAACGUUUAACGGGGCUGAACGACUCAUCAACAUUAUCAGACAGUAAUUAAUAAACUGCAAUCGAAGACUGUCUUCGUAGCUGAUUGAGGGAAACACGCUCGGUGCAUCAAGUUGAAGCAAAAGUUCCAUGUGCCCGUGCCCCCAAUGGAACAUCUACAGGUGAUCCUGACAGUCUCCCUACUUAUAGCCACUGUCAACACCAACAAACAUCAGACCAACAACGCCCUGUACCGCUGUGGAAUACGGAAACGUUUCGGUGAACAGCUGAUUCACCACGGCCAAACGGCAGAGCUUGGACAGUGGCCGUGGCAUGCGGCGAUCUACCAUCGCAUCGAUCGCAGAAACUCACCGAAUGGGACGUACAAAUGUGGAGCUACUCUAAUCGAUCAACAGCACGUCCUCACGGCCGCCCAUUGCGUAGUUAGUGUGAGUGGCCAAUCGCUCAACCCGCAACAGCUGGCGGUUCACCUCGGAAAGCACGAGUUGUACAAAUUUGACGGGCAAUUGCAGAUUGUUAACGUUAGUGAGGUGCAUAUACACGAAGAGUAUAGUCCUAAUCGUCAUGAUGUGGCCCUGCUGGUUUUAGAUGAAGAGGUUCGUUACUCGGAAUAUGUGGUGCCGAUAUGCUUGGAACCAGUCCCGGGAGGUAGGGCGGAUGACCUGGUUGGACAACUAGGAUGGGUCGCUGGUUGGGGGAUCAACGAGAACGGGACUUUGUCCGAAGUGCUGAAGACCACCCAGAUGCCCGUGGUGGAUAUUACCGAAUGUGCGAGGAGUGAUCCCAAUCUGUUCGGGAGAUUCGUGUCGCAGGCGGUGUAUUGCGCCAGUGAUCGCAAUGGAACAAGCGUAUGUGUAGGAGACUCAGGUGGCGGGAUGUAUUUUAGCACAGGAGACCGCUGGGAACUCCGAGGGAUAGUUUCGUUUGGUUCUAAAUCGAAAACUGGUAGCUGUGAUACCAGCAAGUACAUAAUGUUCGUCAACGUCGCACACUACCAUUCUUGGAUAAGGAAACUAACGGAUGGAAGGAUCGGACACGUCAGCAACGUUAUAAAGAGGAUCAGUGAAAAAAAAUGUGAAGAAUACGCUACCAUUGCCAGGAAGCGGUCAAAUGGAGUUUGCAAUAACGUAAGGUCCCCUCAUACGGUCAGCGUAAUCAAAGAAGGAUUUAAUAUUUCCUGUAGUGCAACGGUCAUUAGUGAGCUGUACGUGUUAUCAUCAGCUGCCUGUGGACAAUUCAACUCUAGUCAAUGGAAAAUCCGAGCCGGUAGUGAAGAAGAUAUGAAUAUCGCACAAGCAAUCGUUCAUCCUUUGUACAACCACCAACGACGCAGCAACAAUCUCAUGUUGCUGAAGUUGGUAGAACCUUUGGUGCUUGGAAGCAGGUUUCUACCCGCAUGCUUGGCAAACGCGGCGACGGAAAACCUGUACGACUCACUGAUGGUUACCGGCUACACCGGAAGAUACCGUCGGUUCUAUAAAAAUGUCAACAUAAAGGCCCUUUCGACGGCCGAAUGCGUCGCCCGCCAGAAGUCAAAAGGUGACAAACGGACCGUUUCACCGGUCGAGGUGUGCGUUGUGGCCCAUCACGAAGAGGAGUUCGACGGUGAGGAUUACCUACUGGCCGGAAUCACCGGAGCGUCGCUACAGACCUUCAAUAGCCGCAGUUGUAUGUUCACGACCCUCGGGGUCUCCACUGCCGAUGGGCUGGAGUUGGAAGUCUACACCCGGGUGGCGUCCCAUUUGGAGUGGAUAGAGUCGAUUGUUUGGGCCGACGAGUACCUGGAGGAUGAGCAAACUUCAACGGAUCGUGCAGUGGUGGAUGUUGAAAUGGAAACGGAAUCCGUGGAUCCAGCAACAACGACCGUAUCAUCUAGAAGUGCCAAUUUGUACAACAAAUAUUCGCAUGAUUUUUAUUUUCCGGAUGGUUAAAGUUAAAAAUUGCCAAGUAUGAUAAGUAGUUACCGAUCAAUAAUGAUCGAGUUUAUUCUUGUACCUCACCUAAUGUCUCAUGAUCAAUUUCGUAUCAAUUACUAAUUUAUAAAUUAGCUUCCAUCUCAUGCAAAAAAACAGUUGUGAAAGAACUAUAAUUUCCUUAAAAUAAUAAGACUGAAUAAUUGUCCCUCGAAUUCCAUUUUCAUCUAAGUCCACGUCUAUUUCGGGCACAAUCUGAAUU